CACACACAUACGCACCGAAACAUUGCAUUCACCUUCCUCAUUUCAUCGACAUACCAUCAUAGCCAUCCUAGAGUAGAGUACAAGUAGAUCUAGAGGGUGGAGUCAAGCGCAGCAGAUCAAACAGCAGCAGCAGCAGCAGCAGCAGCAGUACAAAAGCGCAACCUAUCCCACGCUCCCUCGCUCCCAUCCUUCCACCCACCACCACCCCACCACUGCAUCAUCCUCACACGCAAUGUCCUUUCCUAAUCGAUUCGGCUCAUCCCCUGCCCUUCCACGAGAUUACGGUCUGGUCCAGUCCACUUCCUACACCCCCUCGAGCACAAUUGACGAGGAAGACUACGAAGAAGGAGACGAAGAAAGCGCCGCUAGGACACAUUACCGGCGCGCAGACGACCAGUCCUCCCUUGCACCCACUGCCGACGAGAGCGACAAUGACGAAGCGGGCGAAUCUGCACUAAGCUCUAGCCAUGGGGGGGAUGACAACAUGUCUCAGCUCAGCAUCUCACACGCUUCCGACGCAGCCGCCACCACACCUCGGGCAUCUAGUAAGACCCGUUCCAAGUCUGGCGCCAGAGGGAAGAGCUCUUCCUUUAUCGGCGUCAGGGGUCAUGGUAGUCGAAGAGCAAGCAAUACCAGCGCCAGCGGCCACCACGAUUCUGCGGGUCACCAUGAGCAUGGAGGCAUCGCUGGCAGUCUCCUCUCCGCAUCCUUCCUUCUGGGUGGGGAGCCACUCCAACCCCCUCCCUCUGCUGAUCUCCGCAAUGAAAGCGAAGCCGCCGAGGCAGGCGAUCUAGAAGCCUGGGAAGACAACGACCCAACACCCAUGCCCAACCGCUUUGCAGGCGGCCAAGAUGGCUGGCUCACACGCCCUCCCAUCACACGGCCCACCGAGACCACUUCGCUCCUCAGGCAGCGAACACCAAGUGGGAACAGCUAUGCCUCCGUCAGUGCCAAUGGCGACCACGCGUCCGCCGCUGCUCCGCCUCAUCAUCACAUCUCCAAUCCGCAUGCCAGUGGUCUCCUACCGUCUGGCAGCGCAUGGGCCAACAUGGGCAAUCUUGCGCAACCGCUACCUCCCCCGCUCGCCGUCAUCGACGAGAUUGAGCACGAGGCGCCAACAGAUAACGUACAGCGUCGUGAGCUCUGGAUCUUGACCAAGUAUUCUCUGCCAGUAUGGGGAACUCACUUGCUCGAGCUCUCCUUGAAUGUCGUGUCGGUCUUUUCCAUUGGCCAUCUGGGCACCACACAGCUCGCCGCUGCCUCCCUCUCCUCGAUGACGGCCAACGUUACUGCCUUUUCUCUCCUCUCUGGGUUCAUCUCCGCCCUCGACUCACUACUCCCGCCUGCAUUCACGCAGCAACCAAAGCGAGUGGGCGUGUACACACAGAGCAUGGCCAUCAUCGUCUUUGCGCUGUGCUUUCCCAUUGCGCUAGUCUGGCUUAAUGCCGAGCGCGUCCUUCUUGCCCUAGGCCAGGAUCAAGAGGUGGCUCGCCUCAGUGGUCUCUACCUAAGGGUCAUGCUACCCGGUGUGCCAGCGUAUGCCGGCUUUGAAGUUUGCCGACGUUACCUUCAAGCACAAGGCUUGAUGAGCGCAUCGACAAUGGUUCUCUUGCUGGUCUCCCCGUUGAACGCCUUUCUCAAUUGGCUACUGGUGUGGGGUCCAGACUCGGUGCGUCUUGGCUUCGUGGGCGCUCCUCUAGCCUCUGCCAUCUCCAAUUGGAUCAUGUUCAUUCUGGCCAUUGGACAAUGCUACCUCACCCCACGCACGGCUUGGGGAGGCUUUUCGCUAACCUCGGCGCUCAAAAAGACGAACAUGGCUCCCUGCCUUUCCCUCGGCUUUUAUGGCUUCCUCGCCAUCUCAUCAGAGUGGUGGGCAUGGGAAAUCAGCUCCCUCAUCACCUCGAUGCUCGGCACUACACCCCUCGCAGCACAAUCUGUGCUCCUCGUCUGCUCCUCCAUCUUCUAUCAGCAGCCAUUCGCCAUCUCCGUCGCAGCCGCCGUGCGCAUCGGCAAUCUCCUCGGAGCUCUCAAACCCUACGAAGCGCAAGCAUCGUCGAAUGCCUCGCUUCUCCUAUCUUUGGGCUCAGGAGUGCUAAACUCUUCCCUCGUACUCCUCUUCAAGAGUGAGAUUGCCGGUCUCUUCUCAGAAGACCCAGAAGUGAUUGCCCUCCUCACCGGUACCCUACCCCUCCUAGCCCUCUUCCAGCUAGCAGACGCAUUUGCUGGAGUUGCUGGUGGAAUCCUACGUGGAACAGGUAGACAACAUCUAGGAGCCUACAUGAACAUGUUUGCCUACUACGUAGUAGCACUCCCAAUUGGCGCAUGGCUUACAUUCCGAUACCAUGGAGAUGGAAUGGGCCUCAAGGGAAUGUGGGUAGGACUUACCGCUGCCCUCGCCAUUUCUGCUGCCGGAGGCUGUUGGCUGGUCAGCAGGACAAAGUGGAAUGAUGAAGUGAGAAAGGUGCAGGCUAGAAUGGGGGAGGAUGGAGUGGCAGCGCCGGCUGCUGGCGGUCACUAGCCUAGACUAGAUUAGAGCGUCGUUUGUGUUGCUUCGAUGCUGCUGUUUUCAUAUCAUUAUUCUGCAGAUGGUCCGGUACCAACGUAGCUCUACCUCUCCACCUCCCCUGUACUCCGUUUCUCUUCCUUGCAUGCAUCGUAUUCGCAGUCGCAAAUGUGCAUCAGAAAAUGUCUUCUCACACG